CUUCACUGCACUGUCUGCGGAUUCAUUGUGCUAGCACCUACAAAGAAUUAUUGAAAUGGAAGAUAGUAAAACAACCGCAUCUAAUGAGGUUCCAAAAGAAAAUGACGAAAAAAACUCUAAAAAACGGAUUAAAAAUAAGAAAAAACGUAGUGGAGGCGACGGUGAUCAUGGAGUAUCGGCCCCGACCGAUAGUGUAGUAGUCUCUCUGCCUAAUGCUGGGGAUGUUCAUCAGAACAUAUCAUUUAAAGAUUUGAAAAUGGCAAUGGAUGCAUUAAAUUUGCAACAAAAACCUGCCAAAACAACUGAGGAAGCAUUACACAAAUCUUAUCAGUUUUGGUCCACUCAACCUGUGCCAAAAAUGGAUGAAAAAAUUGUGUCUAACGAACCUAUAGAACCUCCAAAAUCGCCCGAUGACAUUAGAGCAGAACCAUAUACUUUGCCUGAUGGUUUUCAGUGGGACACAUUAAAUCUCAACGAACCUUUGGUAUUGAAAGAGUUAUACACAUUACUUAAUGAGAACUAUGUCGAAGAUGAUGAUUGUAUGUUUCGGUUUGACUACCAAACUGAGUUUCUGAAAUGGGCUCUUCAGCCUCCUGGUUGGAAAAUGGACUGGCAUUGUGGAGUACGAGUGGUGAAAUCGGGUCGGCUUGUGGGUUUUAUAUCUGCCAUCCCAGCAGAAUUAAAAAUAUAUGAUCAAGUACAAACAGUGGUGGAAAUAAAUUUCCUUUGUGUUCAUAAAAAAUUACGUGCUAAGAGAGUAGCUCCUGUUCUUAUCAGGGAAAUAACUCGUAGAGUUAAUUUAACUGGCAUUUUCCAAGGGGUUUAUACUGCAGGCAUAGUACUGCCUAAACCAAUUGCUACCUGUCGAUAUUGGCAUAGAUCACUUAAUCCUAAAAAGUUGAUUGAUAUUAAAUUUAGUCACCUGUCUAGGAAUAUGACGAUGCAGAGAACUCUAAAGCUGUUUAAACUUCCUGAUCUGCCUAAGACCCAAGGUUUUCGUAAAAUGGAGCCCCAAGAUUGUGAAAAGGUUGUUAUAUUACUCAACAGUUAUCUGAGAAAAUUUGCUUUGGCACCAAUAUUUUCUGAAGAAGAUUUUAAACAUUGGUUUCUUCCUCAAGCUGGAAUUAUUGAUAGUUUUGUUGUUGAAUCUGAAGGAAACAUUACAGAUUUUGUGAGCUAUUACACAUUGCCUUCAACAGUUGUAUAUCAUCCUGUACAUAAAACUUUGAAAGCUGCAUAUUCUUUUUACAAUGUUUCAACUAAGACUCCCUGGACAGAAUUGAUGCUUGAUGCAUUGAUUACGGCAAAAAAUCUGGGUUUUGAUGUUUUCAAUGCUCUGGAUUUAAUGGAUAACAAGGAGUUUUUGGAACCAUUGAAAUUUGGUAUUGGGGAUGGCAAUUUGCAAUAUUAUUUAUAUAACUGGAGAUGUCCUACUAUGACACCAAAUAAAAUUGGCUUAGUUUUGCAAUAAAUAAUAGAGGAAAAUAAUAAUUUGUAAAUGCUAGCAAGUGUUUUCAUUGUCAUUUUGUGUAAAGUGAUUUUUAUUGGGAAAUAUAGUCAAAGUACAUA